AAUGACGUUGUUGAGCGUAGGCAAACCAAGACAUAGCUAACAGCCAGCAGCCAGCGACCAGCGACCAGCAUUCGCCAUUUCGCAUACAGCCUUUGCAGCGUGGUUCGCUUCAGAAGCGCCGUCGAAUGAGAGAGAGAGAUCCUGCCACAACUGUGGCAACAGUUAGGGCCCGCAGCUCGGCGCAAACUCGCAGUCGUGCCCACAUCCUUCGUCUUUCUUCGCCGUCCAAAUACUCAACGAUUAACCAAGCCAGAAAAGUAAGACCUGUGCCGGCCAGGCAGUCCAGCGAACGGACCAGCGUCCCCAAAGAACAACGACAUACAGUCAGCUUCAGUAUCCGAGUCUUGCCACGUACCUGAAAAGCAAUCGCCAGUCAACGUCAGCAUCACAUUCCGGCGCAUUCGGACACCAAACAAACCCAGGCUCUACUUAACGCGGCAGCAAAGGGCAGCUUUAGCGCUAUUGGAAUCGCUGCCGUGGCACGCAGCACUCAGAGGACGCAGCACAUCGAGCGCCUGCGGGCGCAAGAUUCGUCUUCAGUCAUGGACUACGGCGGCCUGCGUCGCAAAGAUACGACAAGAGGACCGCCUUUGCGAAUUCUGUCGCUCGAUGGGGGCGGAGUCAGAGGUUACUCCAUGCUCAUCAUCCUACAAGAACUUAUGCACAGGACCUUCGUCGAGAUAGAAGGACGAGCGCCAAAACGGAACGAGAUACCCAAGCCAUGCGAGCACUUUGACCUUAUUGUCGGUACAGGAACCGGUGGUUUGAUAGCGUUAAUGCUCGGCCGAUUAAGAAUGGACAUCGAAACAUGCAAGGAUGUUUAUGUGCGCAUGACAAAGCGUGUGUUCGAGACGGACAAGACCAUCGCCGGGAUCCCUUAUCGAUCUACACUUUUCAAGGCGUCGAAAUUGGAAGAGGCGAUACGAGAGUGUGUGCGGGAGCACACCGUGUACGAAUACGAAGGAAAUGAUCAGGGCGACAGUCCACCCGAGUCGCCAGCCUUGCCAAUGCGACCCGGGACUUCUUACUCACCCAACAGCCCAAGGGUUGAGAGAAGCCUCAGUUCGGCGAGCAGAUAUAGCCAGAUUGGGACAACACCGAUUAGAAACUUUAGUGGACAGUUUGCAGCUGCGAGGUGGGGAAAUCCCAAUGCAUUGCUGUAUGACGCAAGAGAAAACAGGACCAAAACUGCAGUCACGGCAGUUUACAAAGGUACCGGUAAGAGUGCCCCGCCUGUCCUCUUACGUUCGUAUGACUCGCGAAGAGAACCUGCACCUGAAGAGAAAUGCAUGAUAUGGCAAGCCGGCAGAGCGACCGCCGCAACUGCGUUAGCCUUCAAGCCGAUUCAAAUAGGACAGUCCGUGUUUUUGGACGAAGGAGCAGGCAAAUACAAUCCUGCACCAGUUGCCCUAGACGAAGCUGUUCUCAACGAGUGGCCGGGUCGAGAAGUCGGCGUCUUGAUCUCAAUAGGCACUGGCAAGCGUCCGAACGGUACGAACUCACAACAACAUCUUUGGUGGGAGGGCUUCGUGUCAAGUGGAAUGGGUGAUUUUGCCGAAGCAAGGCGAAGGCUCAUUUCGAAAAUCGAGGGAUGUGAAGAAACACACAAGUACAUGAUUCACAAACACUUGUUCGAUCGUAAUGUUCCUCUUGAAAAUUAUUAUCGGCUCAAUGUAGACGUCGGUGUUGGCGAGUUUGGGAUGAACGAGUGGAAUCGUCUCGCCGAGAUCAGCACAAACACCAGGCGCUACCUUGCAGAACCGGAGGUCCAAAACAUGACACAAGAUGCUGCUCGGAAACUUGGCGCCAUUCGAAGAGCGAACGACCGUUGGAAUCGUGCUCUGAAUGGUCAACCUGAUAACAGACUGAGCUGGGAAGUGCCUAUCGAGGAGCUUAACCAACUCAAUCAACCUGCACCACCCGCUGUUGUCGGUGCUGUUGAGCUUCCGGGCGAAGACGUUCCUCCGCACAUGCAACAACAUCCAAACCCUAGAUUAUUGAGUCCAACGUACCACCGACCGUCUGAAGACGACAAAUUUAUUGUCAUGGCAGAUGAACCCGCUAUAUACGUCGAACGUCCUACAUCUAGCCACCAUUCUCGGUACGACUAUUCGCCGAGGGCUAGCAGCGAGCAGACCCGGACGAGCAUUUCCAGGCCUGACGGUUCGAGCAUCCUUAGCAGUAGCGUGGCGUCAAAUCAUCCACCACCCGUUCCGCCGAAGACACCAAUCCAAGGACAUUCUGAGUCUACAAGCAUACGCUCCACGGCAACACCGCAAGGUGUUGUGCAACCACCAUAUCCAACUUCUGAUGGCCCACCUCCCAUUGUGAAUUUAGCGAAGAAGCCCGAACUGCGUUAGGUGAUUGUGUGUGGGUUUGCAGCACAAAACCCGGAGCUCUUAAGAGCACACUCAGCCUUCGAAGCAAAGCCGUAGCCCCUACAUGAGAAUUGAAAAAACAGGUAAGCGAUGGAAAUAGAAGGUUUACCCUAGCGACAAAGCAGAUUCUUAUCUCAGUGUCUUGACAUAGCUGAGUGAUAGUUCAGUCAUAAUAUCUGUACAUUACGCGAUCAGGAACAUUGGCCAAGUCGUGGAGCAGUGACCAGAUGAACGAAUCGUAAUGACAAUUUCAUAAUGUCGUGGAACGUCCUGUACUAGUUGUUUCUUACUUCGACCUUAUACCAAGCUCGCUACACAAUGUCACGAAACAUCUUGUGCUUAGAGUACUGUCUCAACCCGUGGUAGGUAUUCCUGCCGCAAUCAAGUGCCAUUUCAAAC